AUGCUGGGGUUCUAUGGAGGUUCUGUGUUAUGCUGUGGGGGUUCUGUGCUAUGCUGUGGAGGUUCUGUGCUAUGCUGUGGGGGUUCUGUGCUAUGCUGUGGGGGUUCUGUGGCUAUGUGUGGGGUGUUCUAUGGAGGUUUGUGUACUAUGCUGGUGGGGGUUAUAUGGAGGUUCUGUGCUAUGCUGUGGGGGUUCUAUGGAGGUUGUGUGCUGUGCUAUGGAGGUUCUGUGCUAUGCUGUGGGGGUUCUAUGGAGGUUCUGUGCUAUGCUGGAGGUUUCUGUGCUUAUGCUGUGGGGUUCUAUGGAGGUUCUGUGCUAUGCUGUGGGGGUUCUACGGAGGUUCUGUGCUAUGCUGUGGGGUUUUAUGGAGGUUCUGGCUAUGCUGUGGGGUUCUGUGCUAUGCUGUGGGGUUCUGUGCUAUGCUGUGGGGCUGGCUGUGGGGGUUCUAUGGAGGUUCUGUGCUAUGCUGUGGGGUUCUAUGGAGGUUCUGUGCUAUGCUGUGGAGGUUCUGUGGAGGGUUCUGUGCUAUGCUGUGGGGUUUCUAUGGGUUCUGUGCUAUGCUGUGGCUGGCUAGGUUCUGUGGAGGCUUCUGUGCUAUGCUGUGGGGAUUCUUGUGCUCUGUGCUAUGCUGUGAGGUUCUGUGAGCUUCUGUGGCUAUGCUGUGGGGGUUCUAUGGAGGUUCUGUGCUAUGCUAUGCUGUGGGGGUUCUGUGCUGUGUGGGGUUCUGUGCUAUGCUGUGGGGGCUGCUAUGCUGUGGGUUCUGUGCUAUGCUGUGGGGGUUCUGUUGCUAUGCUGUGUUCUCUGCUAUGCUGUGUGGGGGUUUCUGUGCUAUGCUGGGAUUCUCUGCUAUGCUGUGGGAUUCUGCUGUGGGAUUCUCUGCUAUGCUGUGGGGUUCUGUGCUAUGCUGUGAUGCUGCUGUGGGGAUGCUAUGCUGUGGGGGUUCUGUGCUAUGCUGUGGGGAUUCUGUGCUAUGCUGUGGAGGGGUGGUUGCUGUAUGUGCUAUGCUGUUUCUGUGUUAGGUUCUGUGCUAUGCUGUGGAAGGUUCUGUGCUAUGCUUGUGGAGGUUCUGUGUUAUGCUGUGGGGGGUGCUGCUGUGGAGGGUGUAUGCUGUGA